UUUGGAGCUGUGACUGUUCCCUGGGGAAUGCUCAGUGCCCCAGCACUCUCUAGGGAAGAGCCUUAAAAUCCCAUCUUUUCCUAAAAUCCAGCCUCUUCCUCAAACCCAGCCUUUCCCUAAAAUCCUGUCUUUCCCUAAAAUCCAGCCUUUCCCUAAAAUCCAGCCUUUCCCUAAAAUCCAGCCUUUGCCUAAAUCCAGCCUCUUCCUCAUAUCCAGCCUCUUCUUCAAAUCCCAGCUUUUUCUAAAAUCCAGCAUUUUCCCAAAGUCCUGCUUCUCCUUCAAAUCCCACCUUUUCCCUCAAAUCCUACCUUUUCCCUCAAAUCCCACCUUUUCCCUCAAAUCCCACCUUUUCCCUAAAAUCCAACCUCUUCCUAAAAUCCAGCCUUUUCCUAAAUGCAACUUCUUCCUGAAAGCUAACCUUUUCCUGAAUUCCAGCCUUUCCCUAAAAUCCCACCUCUUCCUAAAUCCAGCCUUUGCCUAAAAUCCCACCUCUUCUUUAAAUGCAGCCUCUUCCUCAAAUCCCACCUCUUCCUAAAAUCCAACAUUUUCCCAAAAUCCUGCCUUUUCCUAAAAUCCUGCCUCUCCCUCAAAUCCUGCCUUUUCCUAUAAUCCAAGCUUUUCCUAAAUACAACCUCUUCCUAAAGUCCUACCUUUUUCUGAAAUCCCGCUUUUCCUCAAAUCCUGCCUUUUCCUAUAAUCCAACCUCUUCCUAAAAUCCAACCUCUUCCUAAAAUCCAACCUCUUCCUAAAAUCCAACCUUUUCCUAAAAUCCAACUUUUUCCUCAAUCCAACCUUUUCCUUAAAUCCAACCUUUUCCUAAAAUCCAACUUUUUCCUAAAUCCAACCUUUCUGUAAAAUCCAACCUCUUCCUAAAAUCCAACUUUUUCCUAAAUCCAACCUUUUCCUAAAAUCCAACUUUUUCCUCAAUCCAGCCUCGUUCUAAACCCAGCCUUUUCCUAAAAUCCCGCCUCUCCUAAACUCCCCCGAGCACGCUCCCGCCACUCCCUGCGUUCCUGCCCUGCUCCCGCUCCCUCUGCUUGCCCUCCCGAGCACGCUGCAGCCCGCUCCCAGCCCUCCCUCUCUUGGAAGGAUUCCCCAGCCCAUGAAAAGCUGGGAAUUCUGGCCGGGAAUUCUGGCUGUUGUCUCCUGUCCCCAGCCCAUGAAAAGCUGGGAAUUCUGGCUGGGAAUUCUGGCUGUUGUCUCCUUUCCCCAUCCCAUAAAAAGCCCGGGAAUUCUGGGUGCUGUCUCCUUUCCCCAUCCCAUAAAAAGCCGGGAAUUCUGGCCGUUGUCUCCUUUCCCCAUCCCAUAAAAAGCCAGGAAUUCUGGCCGUUGUCUCCUUUCCCCAUCCCAUAAAAACCCAGGAAUUCUGGCUGUUGUCUCCUUUCCGCAUCCCAUAAAAAGCCGGGAAUUCUGGCUGUUGUCUCCUUUCACCAUCCCAUAAAAAGCCAGGAAUUCUGGCCAGGAAUUCUGGCUGUUGUCUCCUUUCCCCAUCCCAUAAAAAACCCAGGAAUUCUGGCCGUUGUCUCCUUUCCCCAUCCCAUAAAAGACUGGGAAUUCUGGCCAAGAAUUCUGGGUGCUGUCUCCUUUCCCCAUCCCAUGAAAAGCUGGAAAUUCUGGCUGCUGUCUCCUUUCCGCAUCCCAUAAAAAGCCGGGAAUUCUGGGUGCUGUCUCCUUUCCCUAUCCCAUAAAAAGCCCAGGAAUUCUGGGCGCUGUCUCCUUUCCCCAUCCCAUAGAAAGCCGGGAAUUCUGGCCGUUGUCUCCUUUCCCCAUCCCAUAAAAAGCCAGGAAUUCUGGCCAGGAAUUCUGGCUGUUGUCUCCUUUCCCCACCCCAUAAAAAGCUGGGAAUUCUGGCUGGGAAUUCUGGCUGUUGUCUCCUUUCCCCACCCCAUAAAAAGCUGGGAAUUCUGGCUGUUGUCUCCUUUCCCCAUCCCAUAAAAAGCCCGGGAAUUCUGGGUGCUGUCUCCUUUCCCCAUCCCAUAAAAAACCCAGGAAUUCUGGCCGUUGUCUCCUUUCCCCAUCCCAUGAAAAGCCGGGAAUUCUGGCCGCUGUGUCCUUGACGGGCUCACCCGCUGAAGUGGGCGGGCAAGCCGCACGCGCUGUCCCCGCUGGUGUGCGCCAGGUUCGGCUGGCUCAACGUGGAGUGUGACCUGCUCAGGUGCUCCAGCUGCCAGGCCUACCUGUGCAUGAGCCUGCAGCUCGCCUUCGACCUCAGCAACUACAAGGAGCGCUGUGAGGAGCUCAGGAAGGCCCUGAGCACGGCCCACGAGAAGUUCUGCUUCUGGCCAGACAGCCCCUGCCCAGAUCGCUUUGCCAAGCUGCUGGUGGACGAGCCCAGAGUCCUCCUCCAGGACUUCCUGGAUCGCUUCCAGAGCCUGUGUCAGCUGGAGCUGCAGCUGCCCUCCCUCAAACCAGAAGACCUGAAAAACAUGUCCCUGACAGAGGAAAGGAUCACUCGGCUCCUCCAGCUCAUCGGGGAGGAGCUGGAGCACAAAGGAGCAGAGGGAGAGAAGCCUCCUGGGAAGUUUUCCACGGAAAUCCUGCAGGUGCACGUUCCUGCCUGCAUCCUGGCGCUGUGUGGCUGGACCUGCAGCGCUGCCUCGGGCUCCAUGAACCUCUCGGUGAUCACCUGCUCCCGCUGCAUGAGGAAGGUGGGGCUGUGGGGCUUCCACCAGCUGGAAUCCGCAGCCGAGCCGGAUUCCUGCGGCUCCAGCAGCACCGCCCCGGCUGCUCCCGAGCGCUUCCCGCCCGUUCCCACGUCCCCGCGCAGGAUGCUGACGCGGAGCCAGGAUCCGGCAUCCGAGCAGCAGCACGAGAAGAGCCCAUCCCCAGCUGUGUCCCGCCCACGGGGUUGGGAUUCUCCCAGCUCCAUGGACAGGGGCGAGUUGGAUGUGACCAGCCCCGCUCUGAGGAGCCGCCCCGUGACCCGGAGCAUGGGACAGGGGGACAACAUGGAAGUGCCAUCCAGUCCUGUCCGCAGGGCCAAGCGGGCACGGCUCUGCUCCUCCAGCAGCUCGGACACUUCCUUGAGGAGCUUCUUUCACCCCAGCUCGCAGCACCGUGAUUGGUGUCCCUGGGUCAGCACUGGGGAGGGAGAGGAAUCCCUGGAAGAUGCUGCAUCCCAGACAGAGAAGGAGCCUGGGAAGGCUGAGCCAGGCUGGGAAGUGGUGCUGAAGAGGCUCCUUGGCAUCCAAAAAUGUGACACAGUGCCCGAAACGGAGCCAGUGAGCCUCUCGGAGAAGUCCUGCAAGGUGUUCCGCAUUUUCCGGCAGUGGGAGAGCACGAGCUCCUCCUGAGCAGCAUGGAAAGCAGCACGGGGGCACGCUGAGAGAUCCAAACCUCUGCGUGGUUCCUGCGGCGGCUCCGUGCCCCCGGGCAAGGGGACCCGAGGAAGCUCCGUGCCAAACGGAGCCCCGGCCACGCUGGGAUCCCCCUUCCCCGACUGCCCUGCCUUCACAAACUGCUGCUGUGUCCCUCCCUCCGAGGGCUGGACAGCCCUGCCCGCAGCUGGCAUGUGCUGGGGGGUGACAAGGGGACGCCGUCACCUCCCCAAGGUGGCCGUGGCGCCGGCAGCGCACGGAAGCGACGCCAGGUGGGAAUAAACAUUUCAUUUUU